AUGCUAGGUCUCAUGGACGUCUUCAUAGUCGAUAAAGAUAAAGAAUUAGUAUGGACGUUGAUUAAUGAAAACGGAAAAUUUGUUUUUUUCUCUGCUAUUCAGUUGCUAGACGAAUAUCGUCGUCGUCGUCGUCGUCGUUUGCUCUUUUACAAGAUAAAUAAUGGCUGCAAUACGGAAAAAAUUAGUUAUUGUUGUAAAGAUCAAUUUCCAGAAGUUUACGUUCCAACUGUAUUUGAAAAUUACGUCUCUGAUAUCGAAAUUGACGGAAAACAAAUUGAACUAGCUUUAUGGGAUACAGCUGGCCAAGAGGAUUACGAUCGAUUACGGCCACUUUCUUAUCCAGAUACGGAUGUUAUUCUUAUGUGCUUUGCUAUAGAUAGUCCAGACAGUCUUGAAAAUAUUCCUGAGAAAUGGACACCUGAAUGUAAACAUUUUUGUCCAAAUGUUCCGAUUGUUCUUGUUGGCAACAAGAAAGAUCUUCGCAACGAUGAAGCAACUAAAAGGGAAUUGAUGAAAAUGAAGCAAGAGCCAGUUCGAAUUGAUGCGGGUAGAACUAUGGCCGAUAAAAUCGGUGCAGUAGGUUAUCUUGAAUGCUCAGCUAAAACAAAAGAAGGCGUUCGUGAAGUCUUCGAAUUCGCUGCUCGAGCUGCCUUAGCUCGUAAAAAGAAACGCAAAGGUGUGUGCUCAUUACUUUAG